AUGGUCUUCCCCACUACCGACAUCCAGCUCUCUCGGAUUCCCCUCUUGUCACUCUCUGCCUACGCAACACUCGCCAGCGCAUUUAUUUUCUUCUUCUUCUUCCGCCGUCCUGCGCACCCACUGAAAGCGCCAAAGCUUCUUCCUAUCUUUGAAAAUCUUCCUGUUUUAGGUGCUGUACGUUUUUUCACUGCACGCCUCGACUUCUUCCGCGAUGGCAUUCGCAACUCACCAACGGGGAACUUUUGUUUCUGGUUAGGCCAGCACUUCAUAGUAGGGCUUUCAGGCGACGAGAGUAGGCAGGUGUUUUUCCAGAACACAAAGUUUGGUAUUGCGGAAGGCUAUGCCGUCCUCUUCGGCGGCGGUCCACGAGUGAAGAAUGACGAGGGCGCCGAUGUAGCUCAAGAGCCAGGUUUCCUAAGCUACUUCGCGCGUAGAGUCAACCAUCUCCUUCGACGUGAAUAUCUUGCUAAGAAUAUAAGUCCAUUCAUACAUGAUAUUCAAGCCCGUCUUGACGAGCUUCCCUCGCAGACAGGCAUGACAGAUCCCUUUAACUCAAUCUACUUGAUUGUCUUUCAGUUAACUAUGCGAAUGGUGGGAAGUGCUGAGAUUGCCAGUAAUACUACGAAGUUAAAGAAGACGUUGAAACUCUUCGAAACCAUCGAGCAAAGUACUACGCCUACGAGCAUCAUCUUCCCUUGGAUGCCCACAUUAGCCUUCUUCAAACGCACUAUAGCAGGAGGGCGAUUAUUCCAUCUUUUUAAGGGGCUCAUGGACGACCGUAAGAUAACUGGCCGUCGUGAAGACGACGCGCUGCAGUACUUAAUUGAUAUGGGCGAUGAUAUCAAAUCUGUCAUUCAGUUUAUUGUCGGCGCGGUCUUCGCCGGGCAGCUCAACACUGGAAUCAAUGCUUCAUUCAUGCUCACCUAUAUUGGCAGCAGUCGAUAUUGGUACGAUCGUGUACGAGCUGAAGUCGAUGGCGUUGUGGACAAAUACGCACCCGAUCGCUCUUUGCCAUUGACACAGCGCUUCGAAGCCAUCCCCAUUGAGGCUUGGGAGACCGAAUUCCCACUGUUGGACUAUUGCCUAAGGGACAGUAUUCGCCUGCAGCUACUGGGAACCAUGUAUCGCCGUAACAUCGAUGAUGGGGAUGUGAAGAUUGGCAAUGAGGUUAUCCCGAGUGGUGCCUUUAUCACAUACCAUUUUUCAGAUGUACACCAAGAUCCAGAGAUCUACUCGGAGCCGCUGAAAUGGGAUCCCAGUCGGUACUUUCCAGAUCGUGCUGAGGACAAGAAGAAGCCAUUGUGUUGGGUAGGAUGGGGAGCGGGAAGGCAUCCAUGUCUCGGUACAAGAUUCGCCAAACUAGAACAAUUUCUGAUUGUGGCCAUUUUCAUAACUCGCUACGACUUUGACACCUGCGACGACAAGGGGGUUCAUUAUGAUGAAGUGCCUCCUCCAGAUCUGAAUGCUCAUGCGGCUACCAAGCCAAAGCAGCCCAUAAGACUUAGGUAUAAGCCACGAGAUCUCAAGGCAUAG